AUGAGAAUUGAUUGGGCAUCAAUGUUGGCGUACAAAGACAAGGAAACUGGUGAACUGUUGGGUCCACAACAAUCGUUUGAGUUGGAAUAUGCUCAAGACAUUAUGCAACAACAAAGCGAUAGCCUAUAUGCAACACUGUUAUGGAAGUAUGGUAUGGACAAGUUCAAGGUGAGAUAUGUUAACGAUAAUGAUGAUCCUACAAGGCCGAAGAGUGGCUACACUACACCAGCAGAAGAACCUACUACUAUUGAUAUUCUAGAAUGGUGGAGCAAUCGCGGCCAAGGAUUUCCAAAACUUCAACCGAUUGCUCGAGAUGUGUUAGCUAUUCAAGCAUCUUCAGUAGCUUCGGAAGGCGCGUUUAGUGCAGCAAGAUUUCAAAUUGGAGAGCAUAGACAUUCAUUAGCAGCAGAUAGAUUGGAGAUAUCUGUACUAUUUAGAGAUUAG